GUGGUAGCAGCAGAAAGCGGCAAGAAGUAAAAUUGAAAAAUUGAAAAAUUGAAAUUUUGAAAUUGAAUAAAAGCGCGCCAGCGGACGGAAAUCUGCAAAGAGUCAGAGAGUUAGUUGAAAGUUUGAAGUUUUUAUGAAGUAGAAGCGGCAUUAAAUAUCUAAUUAAAUUGGAAAAUAUACUCGUGUUGCACUCAUAAUAGAGUAACGGCGAAUAUACAUCUACUUACUUCGAGUAUAAAACGAACUUUCAUUUUUCGUCGAAGCAAACCAAAGGUGAAAUAAUUACAAUUAAACCCACAUAAAUCGGCUUUGUGUUGUGCGGCUGCCCGAUACGCGCAAUUCACUUUUGCGGCAACAUAAGUACAAUUAUAAUAAAAGUGAAAUACGCUUUGCUUAGUGAAAUUGUCAUUGCAAAUUGUUUUGUACUACAACAUAUCGAACUCAUUUGAGAGCGGUUUUCGCAAUACAAGUAGAUUGCUUAUAAUUGGGAGCCCACGCCACACCACGCCACGUUCGCAACGCUUUUCAGUUUUGAAGUCAGUUUUUGUAUGGUCAAGUACGAGUAUCUGCGCAGCGGCGACCAUUGUGCAACACAACAGAGGCAGACACUUAACCUUAACAAUUAUUUGGCAAUAAAACUAUUGGCACAAUAAUUUUAUUCAAGUGCAAAAACCGCAUACACACUCGUACCCAAACCAGCACUUUUACCUCAAACGAAAGCAAAACAAAUUCAAAAGCGAACCCACGCGCCAGUUCAUUCGAGUGUGGUCCAAAGUAGAAGAAGUAGCGCCUUAAAAAUGGUUGAGAAAACAGAUAUGUCGAAAUUCGUUGGCGUUGCCGACAUAACCGAGAACAAGAAAAUCUGGCGCAUGCUGCUCGGCGAGCUGGUGGGCACAUUUUUCUUGGUAUUCGUCGGCGUUGGCAGCACAACGGGCGGAAGUGACUGGACGCCAUCGGUGCCGCAGAUUGCAUUCACCUUUGGCUUGACGGUGGCCACGCUGGCGCAGGCCCUGGGCCACAUCAGUGGCUGUCACAUCAAUCCCGCAGUAACCAUUGGGUUCCUGAUUGUGGGCGAGAUGAGCAUCCUGAAGGCCGCCUUCUACAUAAUUGUGCAGUGCGUGGGCGCCAUUGCUGGAGCAGCCGUUAUCCGAGUCGCCGUUGCGGACACUGUGGGCGUUGGACUCGGCGUCUCGUCCUUCUCAAACUCUCUGACCGUCGGCCAAGCUGUGCUCAUUGAGGCCUUAAUCACGUUCAUCUUGGUGUUUGUGGUCAAGGCUGUCUCCGAUCCCGGCCGCUUGGACAUCAAGGGCUCGGCUCCUCUCGCAGUGGGCUUGUCCAUUGCUGCCGGUCAUUUGAGCGCUAUCAAACUCUCCGGCGCCAGCAUGAAUCCGGCUCGCUCCUUCGGUCCAGCUGUGGUGGCGGGUAUGUGGACCGACCAUUGGGUCUACUGGGUGGGUCCAAUUGCAGGCGGCAUUGUGGCGGCUCUCAUCUACAAGUUCAUAUUUAAAGUACGCAAGGGCGACGAUGAGGCGAACUCGUACGAUUUCUAAGGAGCAUGUCCUGCAAGGACCUGCUACAAAGAAUUUUGUUAUAUAUAUAUUUAUGCACACGCUUCGAUUUCCACACACGUGCUUUUUAACGAAUAAGUAUGUUUGCCGCCCAUCGAACGGAGAAUCCCAUCAGGCGCACAAAUGCACGGAAAUCUUCACAUCAACUUUUCACUUUCCACCCCACUUUCACUCCACUUUGUACAAUUUUUAUUUGUUGAAGAAUAAAAAUCGUUAUUUUUAGUUCUACUAACACCUAAAAUACAUAUGUGUGUACACAAAAAUACGUACAUACUUGUAUGUAUGUUUAUAAGCCUAAGAUAACUUAAACGAAGGUAUUUAAAUAAAUAUUGUAUCUCGAAACAGAAUAUGUACUCGUAUUUGUUGGAAUUGUUAAUGAUUUUUAGUAACAGCACAAAUAUAUGUAUGUAUGUGUAAUAAAGCAUAAGAAAACGAAAUAAA